UGUCCCAUUUCUUCACAGCAAUUCUCAGCGCUGACCGAAGUGCUUUUCCGGUUUCUAACAGAGCCCAAGGAGGUAGAAAGGUUUCUGACUCAGCUCUCAGACUUUGCCACCAUGAAUAAAAUCAGCUUGGGCCCCCUGAAAAACAUUGUCAAAAGUAUUCUUCUGGUACCUAAUGGUGCCCUGAAGAGAAAUCUGUCUUCGGAACAAGUCAGAGCAGAUUUUAUUGCUCUAGGCCUCAGUGAAGAGAAAGCCAGUUAUUUUGCAGAACAGUGGAAGCUGAAUUCCCCCACCCUAACACGCCUGGCUGUUGGUCAGACGCUGAUGAUUAACCAGCUGAUAGAUAUGGAGUGGAAGUUUGGAGUUACCGCUGGGAGCAGCGAACUGGAAAAAGUGGGAAGUAUCUUCUUACAGCUGAAGCUGGUGAUUAAAAAAGGAACCCAAAUGGAAAACGUGUAUAUAGAGUUAACUUUGCCCCAGUUCUACAGUUUUCUGCAUGAAAUGGAACGGGUCAAAACCAGCCUGGAGAGUUUCAGCUGAAACUACAUGGGUCUGAACUGACAUCUGUCCGGGACGUUUAAUUUCUCCUUGUGGGCUGCAGAUCUGUUCUUUCCCAGCCGCCUGUAACAGCGGGAUAAGGGAAGACAAGGCCUUGUAACAAACUGUAGUGUCACAGCCCAGAGAGACCCAUCAGUCCUCCAGAACCUGGAUCUUUGGAAAGUGUUUUGAAGCAGCUACAAGACCACCCAUUCUUUUUUUUUUUCUUUUUACUAUUACAAGAAAUAUUGUCAGAAAUACGUGGAUGUUUGUACUAAAAUAGCAAAGAAAUAAAUGCAUUGCCAUCCUGCA